AUGAGUGCCACCAAGGCGCAGUCGCAGAAAAUCUUUGAGAAGUUGAAGACAAAGCCAGCAAACAGGCUAUGCUUUGACUGCGGCUCCAAAAAUCCAACAUGGUCGUCGGUGCCUUUCGGUAUCUACCUAUGUCUGGAUUGUUCGUCUCACCAUCGUAAUCUCGGUGUCCAUAUCUCCUUCGUUCGCUCCACAAACCUCGACCAAUGGCAAUGGGAACAACUCCGUAUAAUGAAAGUCGGCGGCAAUGAGUCGGCCACCAAGUUUUUCCAAUCGCACGGAGGUUCCGCCGCAUUAGCCAGCAAGGAUCCUCACGUCAAAUACGAAUCGAAUGCCGCUGUCAAAUAUAAGGAGGAGCUUAAGCGAAGGGCUGCUCAAGAUGCGAAAGAUUAUCCAGGUGAAGUUGUUGUUACAGACGUCGCAGGCACCCCCGGCGAUGGCGCUGCAACACCUGCUGGUGAACCAGACGACGACUUCUUCUCUUCCUGGGAUAAGCCCGCCAUCAAGCGCCCCAGCAACCCGCCUUCGCGAGUCGGUACCCCAUCAAACGUCAGCCGCACCGCCUCUCCCUUCUUGAACGCUGGCGCCAACGGAAAUGGUGCGAGAUCCAAAUCGCCUCUUUCUGCGAGUGAUAAAGACGACACAUCAUCACCUCCCCCUACUGCCGUUCGAACGGGAAAUGUCGUUAGAAAAGGUCCCACUGGCGCUGGUGCUAAGAAGGGCAGUAUAUUGAGUUCUAAGAAGACGCAGAAACUCGGCGCAAAGAAAGUCGUCAGCGCCGACGCAAUUGAUUUUGAAGAAGCUGAGCGCAAGGCAAAGGAAGAGGCGGAACGUAUAGAGAAAUUGGGCUACGACCCGGAAGCUGAAMAAGCCGAGUUGGAAGCUAAGGAGAAGGCUGCGGUUACCACCACGAUUGCGUCUCCCACCCCGAUUAGCCCUGCUAGAGGAGGCUUUGGCGCGACUGGAAAGGCACCUGAAAAGAGCGCAGCCGAGAUGGAGCGUCUUGGAAUGGGUAUGAGCCGUCUGGGUUUUGGACAGGUUUCCAAGCCCGCAGUUGCGAAGAAGCCUGGCUUUGGCGCUGUGGCUCCUGCCCAACGAUCGACUGCCGAUGAAGAAGAAAUUGAACAAAAUAGAACACGCUUCGGAGCACAGAAAGGUAUCUCAUCCGACGAAUUCUUUGGCCGAGAACAAUUCGACCCUUCAGCACAGGCAGAAGCCAAGACUCGUCUCAACAACUUUGAAGGCGCCACAUCCAUUUCCAGCAACGCAUACUUUGGCCGACCUGAGGAGGAUUUCCCUGCCAUUGACGAUGGAUACGGCGAUCUCGAGAACGCAGCUAAGGAUUUCGUCCGCCGAUUUGGAAUUACUGCCGGUGAUGACUUGGAGAACUUGACGCAAGUUUUGGGCGAGGGUGCUACGAAAUUACAAGGCGCCAUCCGUAGCUAUCUUAACAGUUAA